CUUGGAGCAGUUGCUAUCCUUUUUUCCUACCAGCAAGUUUGAUCAUGCAGCUCUCACCAGCACUGCAGGGAUUAGAAGGUUAAACGAAUGGCACGCAGGCUGCGCUUGCAUUUCGCGUCAAGACGAAGCAACACGGACCCUCUGUCAGAGAGCCUCAGCAGCCAUGGUGAUGAGAGCAAAGUCAGUGUGCCAGCUUAUAGCCCUGCAGAGAUUCUGGCGCACAGUUCCGUCCACUUGAAGGUGACUCCUCUGUCACCAGACAAUGCUAAUUUACAGCGAUACUCUUCAGUACUCGUACCACGGAUACACACUGGAGUAUGUAAUAGGAAGAGCAUUCUGCAGAUCUCGCUACAGCCCUGUGGAAAGCCUAAUGGAGAGGUGGACGGCAGUAUAGAGGAUGGAGACCCGGGGGGCAGUGAAGGAGGAGCAGGUAGUGGCUCUGAAGGUGGAUCCUGCAGCAGUAGUAUGGCCAGCGAUCCUGGGUAUUGUAGCAGCAACAGCAUCUUUGAACCAGAGACUCCAGAAAAACACAGGACCACCCAAGAGAGAUGUCUACGCUGCAAGUCCAAGGUUCCCCUGAGACGGUGCUCCUCCUUGGUUAUAUUCCCAAAGAGCCCCUGUACCACCCCACCUGCAUCCCCAGUCAGUCCUGGGGCUCUCCCUGCUCUCCCACCAACAAAGGGCUGUCAUCAGUCAUCUUUUCAGACAUUUCAGACUUUCUCACAAGAUAAUGAGGAAGUGACUUGCAAAGGUUCCAACACAACGGCAGGAAGUGGCCACCGUCUGCCAAAAGGAAGCUGUUUAGCGGAGUUCAGGGAUACCAAACACAUGGUGCAAUUUAAUAUUCCUUUUCAUGAUGAACCAAAAUGCAGAAUGGAAGACAUGAGUAAAACAAUGGAACUGUCAUCAAAUCCAGACAGAUCGAAUCGGCACUCUAGCAGCGUGCUGCUGCAUUUUGCCCACCACAGACCAACAAUACCUGGGAAUGGAGCUUCAACUACAGCUACAGUUAAUGUGGAAUGUCCCGAAACGCUUCACCCAGCCGCACAUCCUGAGGGUGAGCUUCACUCCUGCAAAAAACUGUAUCGCAGUACCUCAGCUUGUUUAUUUUCCUCAACUAGACCAUUGGAGAAAAACCAGAAGGUUUGUUUAUCAGGAAAAGGCCAGGAAAGGCCCGAGAAAAACAAUUGUCAUCGCGCCAUACAAAGGAGCUUUUCCCUGGAAGUUCCCUACGCUAACACUGGAAUUUCUUGUCAUGUUUCAAAUCCAAAACUCAGUAGCCCUUGCUCCCCACAUGUGCACAUUCAUUUAUCACCUUGCUGCCCAGCAAAGUUGCCUAGCUCUGUAACGGAUGUAAACACAAGCCACAAAGGGAAUAAUUCACCAAAGAGUCCAGGUCAAAAACACAAGACACGUGAUGACUUUCUGGGACAGGUGGACGUCCCCUUAAAUCAGAUACCGACAGAAAAUCCUAACACAGAAAGGCCAUACACAUUCAAGGAUUUUCUGCUCCACCCACGAAGCCACAAGUCAAGAGUCAAAGGUCACCUGCGUCUCAAAAUGACCUACCUGCCAAAAAACUCAGGUUCAGAGGAGGAAACGCCAGAUCAGACUGAGGACACCACGGAUCGUGAUUGGGAGUUUCUAGAGGGCCAGGACAUGUCAGGUCCAAGACAAAGCCAGCUUCUGCCCGCUCUGCCCCCUGGCUGGGAGGAGCGGCAGGACAACCUGGGAAGGACCUACUUUGUCCAUCAUGAGAGCAGAACUACACAGUGGCAACGACCCACAAUGCAGGACAGUGAUGUUGGGAUGCAAAGAAGACCCAAUAAUAAUAUGGAGGAGCAUGCUUUUACUACACGCAGACAGAUCACAGACCACGAAGAAAACACCACAGGAGAGUCUCCUGAGAGCUGGGAAAUGAUAACUGAGGACGAAUCCACCUUGUAUCACAGCAGUAACCAGGUGACAUCAGCUACACCCCGCGAUCACAUUUCAGGGCCCACUGCUGGCACCUCCCAGACAAAUCAUGCAAGUAAUUCAAGCCAUUCCAGUGUCAGAAGAAGUUCCCAGACUUCAACAGGAGAGGAACAUCCUGUUAAUCCUGUGCUGCUUCCAACCUCGUCUGGGUUGCCUCCAGGCUGGGAGGAGAAGCGUGACAACAAAGGCAGACGCUACUUUGUCAACCACAUCAGCCGGUCCACUUCAUGGACACGACCACUCAUUCAGAGAACCUCAGAGGCAGUAGCAGCAGCAGCAGCAGCAUCAGCAGCAGCAUCAGCAGCAGCAUCAGCAGCAGCAUCAGCACAGAGUAAUGCAGGUUUACCUCGGAGCCCAACUCCGCCUCAACAGCCUACAUCCCCAGAGGAGUCUCCUCAGCACACCCCAAACCCUGAAGCCACGUACGAGUCUGGCUUCCUGCCAGCUGGUUGGGAGGUUCGUAGUGCUCCAAGUGGAAGACCCUUUUUUAUCGACCACAACACAAAGACUACUACCUGGGAAGAUCCCAGACUUAGGAUUCCUGUGAACAUGAGAAGAAAAGUCUCACUUGACCCAUCUGAUCUGGGCCCACUGCCGCCCGGUUGGGAGGAGAGGGUCCACAGCGAUGGGAGGAUAUUCUAUAUUGAUCACAACACCAAGAACACACAAUGGGAUGACCCCAGAUUACAGAAUUCAGCUAUAACUGGACCAGCAGUGCCUUAUUCCAGAGAUUAUAAACAGAAAUAUGAAUACUUCCGAAAGAAGCUGAAAAGACCGGCGGACAUACCAAACCGCUUUGAGAUGAAGCUGAGGCGAAACGCUCUGCUGGAGGACUCGUACAGACGCAUCCUCUCAGUGAAGAGGGCAGACCUGCUGAAGGCCCGACUGUGGGUGGAGUUCGAGGGAGAAAAAGGACUGGACUACGGUGGCAUAGCCAGGGAGUGGUUCUUCCUCAUGUCUAAGGAGAUGUUCAACCCGUACUAUGGGCUGUUUGAAUACUCUGCCACGGACAACUACACCCUCCAGAUUAACCCAAACUCUGGUUUGUGUAAUGAGGACCACCUCACCUACUUCAAGUUCAUUGGCCGCGUGGCAGGCAUGGCUGUGUAUCAUGGCAAACUGCUCGAUGCUUUCUUCAUUCGGCCUUUCUACAAGAUGAUGCUGCAGAAGCCCAUCACUCUCCAGGACAUGGAGUCUGUUGACAGUGAGUAUUUCAACUCCCUGAUGUGGAUUCUGGAGAACGACCCGGCAGACUUGGAUCUGAGGUUCACCAUUGAUGAAGAGCUGUUUGGACAGACUCACCAGCAUGAACUGAAGCCAGGGGGCACAGAGAUAGUUGUAACUAAUGACAACAAGAAGGAAUACAUCCAUCUGGUGAUGCAGUGGAGGUUUGUGAACAGGAUACAGAAACAGAUGACUGCCUUCAAAGAUGGGUUCUUUGAGUUGAUACCUCAAGAUCUUAUUAAGAUCUUUGACGAGAACGAGCUUGAACUGCUCAUGUGUGGUCUUGGAGACGUGGAUGUGAACGACUGGCGGGAGAACACCAAAUACAAGAACAGCUAUUGCGCCAACCACGUCGUCAUCCUGUGGUUUUGGAAGACAGUGCUGUUGAUGGAUGCAGAAAAGCGAAUCCGGCUCUUGCAGUUUGUGACGGGAACUUCAAGAGUCCCAAUGAACGGCUUUGCUGAGCUCUAUGGCUCUAACGGACCACAGCUGUUCACCAUCGAGCAGUGGGGAACACGUGAUAAACUCCCCCGAGCCCACACAUGCUUCAAUCGACUGGACCUGCCACCCUAUGAGUCCUUUGAAGAGCUGAGGGAGAAACUUAACAUCGCCAUUGAGAAUGCACAGGGAUUCGACGGGGUGGAUUAGUUCCUCUACAGUAAACCAGCUGAACUGACAUUACUGCCAUCAUUGUAAAGCCAUGGAGCGUGUGGAGCUGUGAUGAGUGAAACAAGAUGUGCGUCAUACGCAAAUCUGUGCCAGCUGUGUGACCAAUGAAGGACAGUCACACAACCCUCAACAGCACGUGGAGACGGGACGUUGUCUCUGUAGUGCAAGAGGUUUUUAAUCACUCUGUAUGUUCAUAAGUUUACAAAGUAAAAAUACAAAGAUA